AUGACUUCGUGGCUCCAGGGGGACAAUCAGCCUGAAAAAAAUGAGAAACACACUGAUGCUGCUGUGCCUCAGCAAGCAGAGAAGUUGACUGGUCUAUCCUCAGCACCACUGACCAAGGAGAAGGUGAAGCCUCCAGAAAACCAAAAGAAGUCCCCUAACAGUGGUCUGGAAGCUAUAAAGAUCCAGGCCUGGUGGCGUGGUACCCUGGUGCGCCGGACACUGCUGCAUGCGGCCCUCAGGGCCUGGGUCAUUCAGUGCUGGUGGCGGCUGAUACUGACGAGGCUUCUGGAGAAGAGGCGGCAGGCGGCACUGAAGAUCUUCACACAGAAGGAGUGGGCAGCAGUCAGGCUGCAGUCCUGGGUCCGCAUGUGGCGUGUCCGUAGGCGCUACUGGAAUAUGCUCAAAGCUGCUCGCAUCAUUCAGGCCUACUGGCGGUGUUACUCCUGUGCUUCCCGGGGUCUCAUCAAAGGCCACUACAGAGUUGUCGCCAACCAAAACAGAGCUAAGAAGGCAACAGAUGAGGAAAAAGCAGAGGCAGCCAAGAAGAUCCAGGCUUGGUGGCGUGGCAUCCAGGUACGUCAGAAUCUCCUGCAAAUAGCACUGAAAGCCUGGAUCAUUCAGAACUGGUGGCAGCUGAUGCUGGUGAGGCGGCUAGAAAAGAGGCAACAAUGUGCUCUAGAGACCUAUACGGAGCAAGAGUGGGCAGCUGUCAGGCUGCAGUCCUGGGUCCGCAUGUGGUGCAUCCACAGGUGUUACUGGCAUGUCCUCAAUGCUGCCCGCAUGAUCCAGUCCUACUGGCGGUGGUACAUCUGCCACCGGGGCUUUGUCAGGGGGUUCUUCAGAGUCACAUCAAGCAUGCUGCAGACAGAGCUUGAAAUUGUGCAUGGCCCAGAGGCUUGCAAAGAGACUCAGUGUACUCCUCUCUCAAUAAAGGAGUGA